AUGACUGUUCGCAGUGCUUCCAAGGGCAAUGCCGAGGACAUCUCAAGCAUUUCUCCUCAUGUGACGAAGGUCACGGGGCUUAUAUCCAAUUCAAAACACAAUUCGAACUUUAACAUCAUCGAUAUUCGCCAUGAUGGUGCUGAGAUUGAGUUGAAGGAUGAAAUUUUGGCAUCUUUGAGGCCAAAAAGUGGUCUUAAGAGUCUGCCAACCCUGCUCCUAUACAGUGAGCGGGGUCUACAAAUCUAUGAAGAGGUUGUUAUCACUUAUUUGUCUGAAUAUUACCUUACAAAUGCAGAGAUUGAUGUCCUUGAACGUUCCGCCGAAAGCAUUGCAUCAAACAUACCUUCAAAUUCUAUGGUUGUUGAGCUGGGAAGCGGUAAUUUACGCAAGGUGAGUAUAUUGCUACGAGCUUUAGAUGCGGCCGGCAAGUCUGUCGACUACUUUGCACUUGAUUUGUCAUUGAAGGAGUUGGAGAGAACUUUAGAACAGGUCCCGGAAUUCAAAUACGUGAAAUGCCACGGGCUCCUUGGAGAGUAUGUGUAUGACACUCAAGGAGGCCGUCACCAAGCGUUCUAUUCUCCAUCCCGCGAUAUCACCAUUCGGGAUGUUCUUGUAAAAGCUGGGGAGCGUGUGAAGAUAGAAGUCAGUUUGAAAUAUUCAUCGAAGGAAACCGCCAAACUAUUGAAGGAUGCCGGACUGAGAGAGGCCCAAAAGUGGUCAGCCUCGACCGCUGAUUACAAUCCGGAUGUCGAUAAUCCUGAGCAAUGCCAUGCCCAUUCCGAAAUUCCGGAUGAGUGGCCACCACUUGAAGAGAUUUUAUCCUAUCAGGAGAAGGUGAGAGAAAAGGUUGCAAAAUAUUAUGCAAGCCAAGAUAUUCCCAGAAAUCUCGGUCGUGCACUCUGGUUGGGCUUUGAGCACGAAGCCAUGCAUUUGGAGACCCUCUUGUACAUGUUACUGCAAAGUGACAAGACUAUUCCACCUACAAGUGGUAUACCGGACUUUAAAGGAGAAGCAGAGAGAGCCGAGGCAUCUCGAGUACCAAAUGAAUGGUUUAACAUUCCAGAGCAGGAAAUUGUCAUCGGAUUAGACGAUCCAGAGGAUAAUUCCGGACCGGACAAUCAUUUCGGGUGUAAUGGAAGUAUUGGCGGGGCAAGCCCACCUCCGCUAACCAAGGCAUAUCUCACAGGUAAAGCUGUUCGAACGAUCUAUGGUCUAGUACCGCUUGAGUAUGCCUUAGAUUGGCCAGUCUUUGCUUCAUACGACGAGCUUUCUGGAUGUGCAAGCUGGAUGGGUGGGCGAAUACCCACUGUUGAUGAGGUUCGGAGCAUUUAUAGUCACGUCGACGGCUUGAACGUCAAAAAAGCAGAGAGACAUUUGGGCAAGACAGUCCCAGCUGUUAAUGGGCACCUUAUCAAUGAGGGCGUCGAAGAGACACCGCCAUCGCAAAGUUCUCAGGUUGGCGGAAGCUCUCAAGAGCUUUUCACCGACCUUGAGGGUGCCAAUGUGGGAUUCAAAAAUUGGCAUCCAAUCUCCGUUACUGCUGGAGGUAAUAAACUUGCAGGGCGGGCUGAGAUGGGUGGAGUUUGGGAAUGGACCAGCUCUGUUCUCAGCAAACAUGAAGGAUUUGAGCCAAUGCCUUUAUAUCCUGCCUAUACUGCUGAUUUCUUUGAUGGAAAACACAACGUUGUACUCGGAGGAUCUUGGGCAACUCAUCCUCGUAUUGCUGGAAGAAAAACAUUCGUCAAUUGGUACCAACGUAAUUAUCCAUACACAUGGGCAGGCGCACGCCUAGUUCGUGAUCUGUAG